AAAUUGCACAUUUCAAAUCGACAUUGAAUUUCGAUCGGUUCGAACUUCAACUAACAGCGUUUGGUGUCUCAUUUGAAUCUAAUAAUUUUGUGAGUUCAAAAAAAAAAAAUAGUUCAAAAAAUCUCACUUGAAAAUUGUUUAUUGAACCAGAACCAAGCAAUAAUAACAAAUUGAUAGCAGAGAAUCGAAUAUUUUGGACAAUUUUUUGUCGGUCUGUAAGAGAUUUUAUUUUGACAUCAGACAAACGUAAACAAACAAAUCAUGUGGAAUUUGUUUGGAAAAAAUUUAAAUAAAUUGUUUAUGUUUUUGCCGAAUUAAAAACCGACAAAUGUCGUUUUGUUCUGAUAUUCUUUCGUUAAGUUUACAUGAAGUGACCAAAAAUAAUUCUGAACGAGUGUUAUGAUAAUUGGGUGCAUUGUUGUCAUAGAAUCGAAUGGAAAAUUCCACUGCAUUUGGUGAGCAUACGCAGAGCCGACACCAAAAAAAAAUCGAACACGCAUCAUAUGUUCGGUCUAUCAGUCAGUCUGUCUCUCCUGUGGGACGUUUGAGUUUGGUUAUUAGCCGAACGACGAACCAUUUGCCAAUCUACGAACCAAUGAGACUGUAUAAACAAAACAAAUAGUGAAAUUCAAUUUGUAGUUGGCGAUAUAGGUUGGUGUCUACAUUGUACAAGGAACAGAGCAGUGCAGCAGCAACUCGUCGGUAAAGUUUCAAUGGAUGCGUACGCAUGUUAUCGCAUCAUAUGAUUUCGGAUAUGAGUAUGUGUGAGUGUAAAUUUUGACGUAUAGACCUGGUGCUAUACAUGCCGUCUCUUUCAUCAGUUAUCCAUAUCACUCGUCUCAGUAUCGUUUUGCUUGCCAAUACACAUAGGCCAAAACGAUAUGUUGUGCAGCCGUCUCGCUCGCAUUAUUCCUCAUUUCAAAUGUACACACAGCGUUGAUGACAUUUGUACGCCAGUCAAAAACGAAACAAAAACCACGAAUGUGUUGGUGCAAGUGAAAAAUAUCAAAUCACCCAGCGACACACAAAUACACAAUCGUCGUCAUCGUCACAUUAAGACUGUCAAUGUUGAAUAACUGUAAAGUUACUAAAAGUUGCGUUGUGCUCAGAGAAAAAAAUUCGCAUACAUUUUCAUUUGUUGUUGUUAAAAAGUAAAUUCACAAUCGAAAAAAAGUUCCAAAUGAAAAAUCGUUCAUCUCCAUUGUGAUCAAAUCGUUGUCAAAUUGGUGAAUAGAAAGUGUGAAUUGGUCUGGAUAGUUAGCCAGUGUGCAUUCAAUAAAAAAAAAACCGAUCUCUCACUCGCUCACAAGCCCUUUCGAUUUCACUUUACCCAGUCGUCGGGGACUGGGACACACAACGCAUUGUUUGGCUGUUUUGUUGCGAUCCAUUUAAAAGUUCAACCUUGGAGUUCACACACACCGAAUUUGUUUUUCUCUGCUCUUGUUUGCAUUUUAUCACACACAAUUGCACAGCGCGACUAGUUUCAGCAAUUGUCAAUGUUGUUUUUUUUUUCAAGUGUAAAGUUUAAGGUAUCAUCAAUUGUGUGCGAGGCAGCGUGUGUAGUACUUCACAUGCUCGCCUUAUAUUUUUUUUGUUCACCGUGAAUCACUAUUUAAAUUGAGAAAUUUCGCACUUAUACAUUUUGCCUGUGCGUCGCCAACGGUUUCGAUUGCGACAUCUGAAUAUCUCUCUACAACUCUACUCGUGUGGAACGGCCAACGAAACAAAAAAUAUCAGCAGUAGAACCGAAGUACGAAAGUAAACCAUAAAGAAAAUUAAUAUACGAACAUAAUCCAAAAAUAGUUGUUGCCUUCGGCGUAUUCUUUAUAAAUCCGAGUGCGUGUGUAUCGCGUUUUUUGCAGCAAUUUAAUCAUUCAUAAAAUAGAAAUUUGGACAUUUGACUAAAAUAAAAAGCAAAAACAACAAAAUUACGGUUAUACACACAUACAUACACAAAACACCGUGAUAACAAUCUAAAUCGCUUUUCAUCCGUUAUUAUUAAGUGUUUUCACAACGAUAGAGAGCAAAAAAAUCGAAUUUGCAUAAAAUUCGAGACAAUUUAGCAUACGUGACUUGUAGUUGGAUACUCGCGCACAUUGUUGAGCGUGGUAUACAACACAUACAAUAGAUUUGUUGGUGGCCAAAUAGACUGAGCGAGAGAGAGAGAGGAGAGCACACACAAGUUCUCCAAAAGAAACUCUUGCGGUUAUUAUUGUCGCAGACAUCGACGUCACACGUUCAAACACACGAACGUCCUUUUGCUGUAAAACAAAAAUUCAUCCAUUCGAUAUUAGUCAGCUUACAGCCAGCGAUCCAGCGAGUCGAGCUCAAAGCAAACUUUAAAAAUAAAACAAACUAGAAAAACCGUAAGAUACAUUAUUGUGUAAUUUCGUAUCGUGUUCGUCGAUACCUACCUUCGUACCCAACGUUUCAAUAUAACUUUUUUUUCUUGCUGUUUGAAUUUAAAAUUAAUAUCGAGAACAUUCCGAAGUCGAAAAUUUUUUUUUAAUAAAAAAACGCGUUAAUUGUGUGACACGAAACGAAAAGAAAAGAAAACAAACAAAAUCAAGAAUAACAACAAAGAGUUUAAUUGUGGAAUGAAAAAUUCAUAAAUUGUAAAAUCACGUUUCGAUCAAGAGAGAGAGAGAGAGAGACAGAGAGAAAAAGAGAAUUUCGAAGGCAAAUUUCGUGUAUUAGAAGUCGAUUGAAAAGCAAUCGUGCAGCUAUAAUGUCGGCGGAUUUGGUUUUUUAGCAUUUGCUACACACAACUUACGAAACGAAUCGAAUCGAAUCCAAUUACGAUAUUCUUUUCGAGUGACCGUGUGUUUCAUGCGAGUCCGGUGCGUACUAAACGAAACAUUACUCUGAUUUGGUUAAGCCAACGGUUGUGUGGGAUACCGUAUGGAAGAACGUCGAGUGAAACGUUUUCAAAUUGGUGAUAGCAUUUCACCAUCAUCGUUUGUACCUGUCAAAAGAAAAUCUCGUAAAGAUCCUUGUAACCAGUGGUUCAAUUGUGUGCAGUUUAUCCGCAUGAUAACUACGUUACUGUGUUUAUUUAGGCGUCAAUUCUGUCGCGAUCUCACGGAAUGGAUGCGGAUAGAAGAAAUUUUAUCAAUAAUAAGUCAGUUGGUGUUGCUGUGCCAACCAGCCAACAGCCAACGGCCAUUGAAAAUGGCAGCAACAACAGCAGCCACUCAGCCGCUAAUGGGACAAUUAGCACCUCAAGCACCGAAUCGUCAUCGGAUUCGUCGGUUGAACCACCUAAGCAACCGUUUAACGAUAGUAACAGCAAUAAAGACUUUCAUGAACAAAACAAUGUGUGUGUCGAAGAAUUCAAAAGUAGUGAGCAGCGCAACUGCGAUGAUGGCAUCGCGGAAAAACGCACGGGCUCAGUUCAAUCAAAUGAUAGAGACUCAAAAGAUGUUCUGUGUAGUGUUUUAAGUGUCGCCGGUAAUGAAAGAAUUUUGCCCGAAAAAAUGGGGCUUGAUGAUUUGCGUGAUGUUUAUAUAAACUCAACGUCGUCGUCGUCGUCGCCGCUAGUACUUUUCAGUGCUCAAGCAAACAGUAAUCAUGAUAAGAACGAUCGUUUAAUUGGCAAACACCAAAACGGUGAUGAUAAUAAUUACAAUUCGAUUGAUCAUCAAAACGAGCCAUGCAAUCCGUCGAAUGGACUUAUCAAUAAAAAAGAUAGCCACCAUUGUGAUUACACCGAUAAUUGUGAACAAUCGAACAAUGACGGUGUUACCGCAAUGACUGCAAUCGACCGAUAUGACAAUGCGAACACCAAUGGUAUAAAUAGCUGUACGAUUGAUGAUACCGAUGUCAGUAUCAAUUCGAAUUGCGUCGAAACUGCUACAAAAACAUUGUCGAACAAUCAAUUGUCAAAAAUUUGUCGAGAGAAUACAAGUGAAGAACCAAAUCAAGUCGAUACUUUGGAAGAAACGGCUGCAAAAUUACUCGUACAAAAUUCGAGUGAGGAUUGUAUUUCGACGGAUACAAUUAGCAGUAAUAGUAUUGAUGUUAAACCAAUUAAGUGCCCAACAGAUCGAAGCCAAACGGCAAGCGAAAGCGAAGAAAUCGGCGGUAAGGAUAACGAAGAGAUCAUCACAUCGAAAUCGGAUGAUAAUAUCACAGAGGAGAAUCGAUCCGAAAAACAAUCAGCCAACAUGUUUGAUGAUAAUUCGUUGAAAACGCCGCUACUUAGUAAAAAAUCCAAUGGAAAUAGUAAUAAUAAUAACGCAACAACCGUCUAUAGCGCCAUUGAACGACCAAUAUUGACCAACAACAGUAAAGGUAACGCUGAUGAUAAUGAAAAUUGCGACCAAAUUGAUAAUGAUGAUAAAAAACAGGUGGCUUAUAACGAAUACGUUAAUUUAUUAUGUGAUACAGAUCGUGGUGGUCUUUUUACAAAGAAUACCAAACGAAGUGCAAGUGAUGAAAGUCGACCAUUGUUACGGCAAAUGUCGUCUGACGAUGGCUCUGCCAGCCAGAAAAUUCAACGCCGCUCAAAUGCUCGGCCCAGAAGUAUUGUGAAAAGUCCAUCGACGCAGAAUUUCAGUUCGGGCACGGAAAAGUUUGAUAUCAAUCGAAAGCCACGCUUGAGCAUUCAAUGCACUGGAAAUGAUCCGGAACGACCAGUGUUACACGUACAGUUUUUGUCGCAACAACACAACGAUUCAAAUGACAGCAUCAAAAGGAAUUUAAUCAACAAUGUGAAUUCACCGUCAAGUGGUGAGCAUGAAUUAUACCAGAACGGCAGUGGCUCACAAUGUGAUUCGGCUGAAAAGCCACCCGAGGAGCUGAUCAAUCAAAUGCCACCUCGUGGCAUUCUGCGAACAUCAAGGUUACGAAGUAGCAUCUCGUCAAGCUCAUCCGAAUCGACGUCAUCGUCGUCGGACUCAUCAAGUAGCGACGAUAUCAGUCAGUUUGCCGAAGCGAAACCGCCCGAUGGCGGCUGGGGUUGGGUCAUCGUUUUUGCCUCGUUUAUGGUGAAUUUAAUUGCGGACGGCAUCACAUUUUCGUUUGGUGUCAUUUAUGUUGAGCUUUUGAAAUAUUUUGGUGAAGGAAAAGCCAAAACGGCCUGGAUUGGUUCACUGUUCAUGGCGAUGCCUUUGUUAUCUGGUCCGAUUGCAUCGUUUCUAACCGAUCGCUUUGGUUGCCGAAAAGUGACAAUAAUCGGUUCAGUGUUAGCAUCAAUUGGAUUUUUUGUGUCUUCAUUUACCGAUUCGGUGGAAAUGCUGUGUUUCACAUUCGGUAUAUUCGCCGGUUUCGGCCUGAGCUUAUGUUAUGUAGCUGCUGUGGUUAUUGUUGCCUAUUAUUUCGACAAAAGGCGUUCAUUUGCCACUGGGUUAUCGGUUUGUGGCAGCGGUAUUGGGACAUUUUUAUUCGCGCCGUUGACACAAAUGCUCAUUAGGGAGUAUGGAUGGCGCGGUACAACGCUCAUAUUGUCAGGAUUAUUUUUGAAUAUGACUGUUUGCGGUAUGCUUAUGAGAGACUUAGAGUGGACAACGUAUAAAUCGAAACAAAAGGCGAAACUACGACGAAAACGAAAUAAAUUAGGCAUCUCGGCCGAUUCAUUUUCGGCGAGUAAUAGCACAAAUACGGGCGGAACAACAAGUAAUUUGCAUAAAGACGAUGCCAACGGGAAUGACAUCGAUCGUAGCGAUGAAAAUGAUGGCGACAACAAUUUGGCAAAUCAAACCGAAAACAUUGACGAUCCACGCUUAUUCAGCUCAUUGAUUACAUUGCCAACGUUUGUGAAGAAUGGCGAAAAGGUGCCAGUUGAAGUUCUUGAAUUGAUGUCAGCAAAUAAAAAUGUGCAUAACGUUCUACUGAAAAAUUAUCCGGGCUUGGCACAUUCAAGAAGCUUUAGUCAACCUCUAACGUCAUCGCGUCAUUCGAACGGAUCAAAUGUGCCACUCGAGAACAGUCUUAGCCCGACCAGCCCAACUGAAGGUGGUGGUGGUGGUGGUGGCGUCUCGAAAAAAGACAGCCAAAAGAGUCGCCGCAUUCGAAACGAACAGGAAUUCUUGUCAUGGAUGAAACGUGAUCCUCAUAUUCACCAUGCCAAGGAUCACCGAAACCCGACCGCUUAUUUGAAGGAUUUGAGAAUGCACCGACAUUCAUUGACUUAUCGUGGUGCAAUGUUGAAUAUCAAUCGAUACCGUUUACGGGCAUCUUCGUGUCCGGAUAUCUAUCGAAAUUCAAUGACAACAAUCGCAAAAGAGAAAACGCAAUGGACACAAGGUCUCAAAGAAUUCAAAUCCGUUUUGGUUGAUAUGCUGGACUUUUCAUUCUUUACCGACAUUCGAUUCACCUUGUUUGCGAUUUCAAAUUUUUUGCUGUACGCUUGGUACGACGUUCCAUAUGUGUACUUAGCUGAUAAUGCGGUGGAAUUAGGUUUUAGAGAAGAUCAAGCAUCAAUUUUCAUUGCAAUGAUUGGGAUAGUGAAUAUGGUCGGAGAAAUUAUACUCGGUUGGUUUGGCGAUCGGAAAUUCAUGACAGCAGGCAUGAUUUAUGCCAUUUGUAUGGUAUUCUGUGGUCUUGUCACUGGAUUGGUGCCUUUGUUACCUUCAUUCACGGGACUCUCGAUUCUGUCCGGUCUGUUUGGAUUAUUUAUCGCGGCAAAUUAUGCACUCACCAGUAUUAUUUUAGUGGAGCUGAUAUCAUUGGAACGAUUUACAAACGCCUAUGGUUUACUGUUACUUGUACAAGGGAUUGCGAAUUUAAUUGGUCCACCUCUGGCUGGGUGGAUUAGCGAUUUAACCGGCGAUUAUAAAUUGGCCUUUUAUUUGGCCGGAUUCUUUAUUGCCUUAUCUGGUUUGAUAAUGAUGCUAUUGCCGGCACGCGGAAAAAUUCGAAAAUAUCGAGCAUUUCGCCGUAGAUGUCGAAGCAGCGGCGACGAAGAUGACGUAGAUGAUGAUGACGAGGAUGAUGAUGUAAGCGCAAUGGAUAUUGAAAAAUGCAUACAAAUCAUUGAGGUGAGUGUGGAAGUCCACAGUCAAAAAAGUUCUUGCAAAUCCAAUCCGAAUCAGAAUACUAAUAUAGACAACUCUUUUCGACAGACACCCAGAUCAUCUCAUUCGUUCAAUGGCAAUGCAAAUGGCGUGCUGAAUAACGGCGGCUCAAAAGUUAAUCAGGUUUAAACUUCGCUGGCGAAUCUAGACUUUAGGAGAGCGUUGCUAAAGAAUUUACAUGGAAAAAGGCUUAAAUUAGUUCAUAAGAAUUGAAUGAAUCUUCUAGGUUGGAAUUUAAAUUUAUGAUUUGGCUUUGAAAUUGUUUUUUUUUUCUUAAUAGAAGAUCAUAAGAAGAGGUCAAAAACACACACACACACACACUAAACUCCUAUAUAAUAGUUGAAACACAUUUGCUUUCACGUUCCGUUCGAGAAUUUAAUGUUUUUUUUUACUAAGAAUAAUUGACCUACAUCGAAUAAUAAUUGUAUAUUCCAUCCUUAAUAUGAACCGAAGUUUAACCAAAUUUCGUUUUUUCUUCCUCUCUCUCAAAUAAUAAUGUUUCUAAGAAGGCAUCUACUUUUUUUGUAAAAUAAAACAUAAAUGAAUGGAUCUAGCUUCA